AAACGAGAGAUUCCCUGGGAAAAAGUACCGUUCGUCCCAAGACCCAGCCUGGUUCCCGAUCCCAUAACCGCAUUCGGUAAGAGGCAGCCGAAAGACGAGCAGCCAAAACGGCCAGAAAGGCGCUCCAUCCUCCAUCCGGAAGAGCGAGCGAAGAUUAAGCCCAAGGCGCACUUGGAGCCCGUGCAGCCCUACAUGUCUGCUAGGGACAAGAGCAGGGAGAAGAUCUUCAGCCAUCUGCUGAGGCGCGAUUUGGCCCCGAAUGCCGAUAGCAUGGAUGUGCUUUUGCCGCGUUUGCAUAAAGUGGCCGAAUGCCCCGAUCUGCCCUACAAGAGGAAGAUGCUGGCUUAUUCCGAUAUGCCACCCGUCUGGUAGAUCGAUUGGUGAACCCUCCAAGGCGCCAGAGGCGCAAAUUCAUGCGCAUGCGCCACUUAGUUUUUGUGUUAAUUAAGUAAAUUGUUCCGGCCGGGAGAGGAUGCGUGCCACUAAACCAAUAGCAAACGCAACUUAAGGACCACUGCAUGCAAUAGGGUGUUUUCACUUUUAUUUUAAUGUUGAUAUAUAGAAAGUAGUUGUGGCAAACAUUACACUGGUGUAAUUUUUUUUGCAAAAAAAGUCCCCAUAAUGAUUUUAAUUCAAAUCAGACAGUUUCCGCCAAAAACGCCGAAUCCGUAUUGUCGGUGGCCUAUCCCGAUGUGACGUAGCAGGUCAUAUCAACAAAGUGUCUCCUAUUUAUUUUGUUGUUUUCGCAGCUUUGUUUUAUUAUUCACGUUAUUGUGAUUAUCAUUAGUUUAUUGAUUAUUCUUAUCUUGCAUAAUGGAAAAUAGUUUAGAGUCACUGAAAAUAUUUUCAGCCCGACAAGGGGGAUUUUAAGAGCGGAUUUGUCCACAAAAAAUCGAGUUUAGUUAUCUAUUGAAUGUGGGUUUUGCUCAAUACGCCAGUCAACAAAGCUGAUCCAAGCCA